AUGGCAUCUACCGGCAAAGGCGAGAACGGCGUGCCCGUCGCGGCUGACACGACCACGUCGCUGCCCCUCCGCACCAACAGCAACCCCUCCGCGCCGCCGCCACCAGGAAAUGCCUUGACUGGCAAGCAAGAACAUUACCUAAAACGCGAGCUGAUGUCCCAGCAAGUCAAGUGGGAGAUCAACGAACUCAACUCCCCUACGGCGCUCCAACGUUUUGGCGCACCGUUUCGAUCUGAGCGUGGCGAAGUCUCUCCACAGGAAUCGGAGCUUCCCAUACUUCGAUACAUAUUCGUUCACCAUGUUCGCGACUUUCCCUUCCUUGACAAGGCGAGGGAGAAGGAGUUCUGGCAGGACAAGCUGCAAGUGUUCCUCGAAUCCUUUGCGGGGAAGCAAAUAUCGUCGUCCGAGGAUCGCCUCGAAGAAACCAAGCGCCGCAAGCUCGCCAUCAAGGCGCAGAAGCUCGUCGAGCUUAUGAUGGUGUCAGGCAUUCCCACAUCGUCCGGAUUCGAGGAGCGCAUUCGUUUCAGCGAAAUCGAGAUUGUGGACAGCAAUGCAAUCGAUACCGGCGUCCUGCAUACCAUACCGGAGGGUAACUACAUCAACGGAUGGGAUGUCAACGUGGCGGGUGCCCGCGUCACCCAGGUCAAGCGGAACAUACGUUACCACAAGCAUGCCGAGUUCCUGCUCCGAAUAAAAAGAAAAGGAGAGCUGGAGCAUUUUGUUGGACGCAGAUACGGAGAUUUCGCCAAGCUUUCUAGGAACCUGAAGACGGAACUCCCGGGGAGGGUCCUGCCGCAGCUACCUAAGAAGAACAAGUCGAGCUCGACGGCGUCUGGGGUAUUUUCGGCUUUCAGCAAUGGCGACGAUUCCGAUGCCUCUUCGAUAUCAUCGCUCUCCACCCGCUUCACGGGGGCCGUCCAGGACUCCACUGAGGGCAGCUCGUCCCUGCUCUCCCCUUCAGGAGGAAUCUCCUCGCGCAAGCCAGGGUCCAUUACCUCAGCCAGGUCCAUCGGAUCGAGGGCUUCCCCACGCCCCUCGGCAGAGAGCCGCCGCAGCCCGGGUACAGGACCUGGGACCCCCGUGGCCAACGAGGAGACUAUCGUACUUUGGCGCGAGAAUCAACGAAUCUCGCUGCGGGCAUGGAUUCGGUCUUUGCUUCACAACCCGCAAGUAGCUAACACCAAGGCUAUGAUGGAGUUCCUCAGUGGCAAUCCCAUCACCCCGACUGAUGAAGAUGUCGACGAUAUAGUGCGGCGGAGGGCGAUCGAUGAAAAGCGCAUUGAGGAGCAAAAGAAGUUUUAUGAGAUUGCCAGGAAGCGAGCAGCGGAGCUAGACGAGUAUAUGGAACAAUUUCGACGCGAUAUUGUGGAGAGCCACGGCUUGACUAUGCUUUUCAAAGAGAUCAAAGAAAAGCCGACAAUCGACGAUCUCAGUAUUCAGUAUCGAAAAUUCGCGGAAUGGCUUCGCAUUGAGAUUGCUGCAGUUAUCUACCAUCUCUUCCUCGCAGAGGACAACUCGCCAGAGAUGUUCGCCCAGGCAAGGCGCAUCCACUCACUCAUCCCGUAUUCGGUCAUCAAGAAUGUCAUUCGCAUUGCGAAUCCGGCGGCUGUUAUGUCGGGCAUCCUGGACAUAUUCCUCGCUCAGCCCUUUGGUGCCAGGUCGCUGAUGCAGCGAAUUUUCUCUUUGACGCUGAACGACGGCAUAAAGAGCUUCCAGAGGUCAAUUGACACGUUGACCACCAAAAUUGGCGACCCUGUUUUCACGGAAAAGAUCCAAAAGUAUACCAACGCCGAAGAAGAAGUCAAGAUGGCCAUCCGUGAAGAAGCCGAGAGCGAAGACAUCGACAUUAUCGUGGCCAUUCUGCGGUCAGAUCUGCUUGAGCCAGAGCUGACGGGCGAGCAGAUUCAGCGCCUGUUCAAUGCCUAUGUUGCGUUUAACAACGCUGUCGAGAAUAUCGAUGAGGAGCUAAAGCAGGGUGCUCAGCUGUUCUCCUACUUGAAACAGCUUCUGAAGCUGUGCACCAGACAGCGCGACAAGGCCAUGAUGCUCAACCUGAUUGAAGAGCCUGUGACCUUGCAGCUGUUCCGCGACCUCUUCACGAUCUUCUAUGAGCCCCUUGUGCGGGUGUACAAGUCUGCCAAUGUCUAUAGCAGUGUGACAGACUUUGCCGUCUUUAUCGAUGACAUGAUACAGGUGGUCGACAAGUGCAGAGAGCAGGAUGCUUCAGCAGACCCCAACCAGACGGUUCAGGCGUUCAUAGACCUGUGCCAGAGGCACGAGCACAACUUCUACAAGUUUGUGCACGAGGUGCACACCCACGACAAUGGGCUUUUCACGCAGCUCAUGGGCUGGAUAGAGGGGAUCUUGGAAUUUCUUCGGAAGGGUCCAAACAACGGCAAGUUGAACGUCAACGCACUUUUCGAAGGCGGUGCCAGUGCGGGUAUCGUAGAUAAGGAGAAGGCGAUCGAGGAGAUCAAUGCCUUGAUCGCGUGGCAAGAGGCGCGCAAGAAAUGGCACAACGACAAGACGCGCCAAAAGAUGGCGGCCGAAGGACAGCCCGGGGGCUCUCUGGGCGGCCUCGCGAUGAACUUCGACUCCACCGACUUCGGCUUGGACGGGCAAGACCUCCAGGACAUGGCGUACGACGAUGGCUCCGAAUCAGAGGACGAAGCCGAGGAGGAUGACGAGCUCGACCCUAUUGAGGCGGAGCGCAGGAGGCGAGCGAAGCAGCAGGACCGUCUUCGGCGGUCGGCGGGCGAGCCUGCGAAGCCUCCCGUGUCCGAGGUGCACAAACUAACCGACAAUUUCUUGGUGAUGCUACGGGACGUGCUGGCAGACUAG